CUCCAUAUACCAGAAUGCAGCUGUGUGUAAAUGCUAGCUAAUGUUGUGAAUGAAGUUCAAACCGAGGGAUCCUUCCAUCAUCAAAAAUACAUCCCACCACGUAUUUAUUCCGACGUUUUUCUCGUAAUGGUUUAAUGACAAGUUGGCGUCGACACGGUCUAUUCGUAGUGGUUAGCGCGUGAUAUAAUUUAAAUGUUUUACUAUGGUUUGGCAUGCAACCUGCAGUUAGCUAGGCUAGGCUAAGCUAACGCAGGCUAACGUAUCAUGUCGUGUUUACUUUACAGUCCGGUUAAACACUACUUAAACAUGAAUUAGUGCAUGAUACUAAGUUAUGUGGCCACACGCGUUUUAAACUGGUACGUUACAGUGGGGCAGCACUAUAGAUCAUUUCAUAAACUCGAAAAGUCAUUAAGUUGUGGAGAAGAUGACACUGGCACCUAAGGACCUCUCCAACCUGCUGAGCAUUAUCUCGGAGGAGGCUUGCACCAACACCUUCGAGAGCCUCUCCGCGGCUUUCCACCACUACUUCGGCAAGGCAGAACACUUCCGAGUGGGCUCGGUGCUGGUGAUGCUGCUCCAGCAGCCCGACCUACUCCCAAGCUCGCCGCAGCGGCUCACGGCCCUGUACCUGCUGUGGGAGAUGUACCGCACCGAGCCGCUGGCCGCAAACCCAUUUGCCGCCGUGUUCGCCCACCUGCUCAACCCGUCACCUGUGGGCGACGAGCAGGAGAGAGUUCUUUCAGGCUUCCUGCCUCCAAUCACCCACCCAGAAAAGUUUUUCCUGUCCCAACUGAUGCUGGCUCCUCCCCGCGAGCUCUUCAAGAAGACCCCCAGACACGUGUCCUGCAUGGACGUGGCCAACAUGCCCCAAUCCAUCGACAUCAGUGGCCUACAGCUAGCUCUAGCAGAACGUCAGUCGGAGCUCCCCACCCAGAGCAAGGCCAGCUUCCCCAGUAUCCUCAAUGACCCCGACCCUGAUUCGUCUAACUCUGGCUUCGACAGCUCAGUGGCCAACCAGAUCACAGAGUCGUUGGUCACCGGGCCCCGCCCCGCCCUAGAAAGUCAUUUCCGCCCAGAGUUCAUCCGUCCCUCCCCCCCGCUCCACGUGUGUGAGGAUGAGUUUGCAUGGCUGAACCCCAGCGAGCCGCAGCACGGGCUCCAGUGGGACCGCUCCAUGUGUGUGAAGAACAGCACCGGCGUGGAAGUCAAGCGUCUCAUGGCCAAGGCCUUCAAGAGCCCCCUGUCGGCCCUCCAGCAGUCCCAGCUCCUGGGAGACCUGGAGAGGGACCCUAAGCUUGUCUACCACAUUGGCCUUUCUCCAGCCAAGCUGCCAGAUCUGGUGGAGAACAAUCCACUGGUUGCCAUUGAGAUGCUGCUGAAGCUGAUGCAGAGCAGCCAGAUCACAGAGUACUUCUCUGUCCUCGUCAACAUGGACAUGUCCCUGCACUCCAUGGAGGUGGUCAACAGGUUGACGACGGCUGUAGAUCUACCUCCAGAGUUCAUCCACCUCUACAUAUCUAACUGCAUCUCCACCUGUGAGCAGAUCAAAGACAAGUACAUGCAGAACCGCCUGGUGCGCUUGGUGUGUGUGUUCCUCCAGUCCCUGAUCAGGAACAAGAUCAUCAACGUCCAGGACCUUUUCAUCGAGGUCCAGGCCUUCUGCAUCGAGUUCAGCCGCAUCCGCGAGGCGGCCGGCCUCUUCCGCCUCCUCAAGACCCUGGACACCGGAGACACCCCCGCAGACAUCAAGCCCGCCAAAUAAGGCCCCUGUGUCUCCCGCCUGCACCCCCUGCUACACCCCGCCACCACAACCCCCGCCCCUCACCCAGCCCAGCUGCCAAAUAGUGGUCCGCUAGAGCACGGCCCCCAGUACAGACUCUGAUGUACAUACUGACACUCUGCUCCCUGACGCUCCUUUUCUACUCCUUUCCGGGAGACCCAUGGAACGCUGUGUGGACCUUUCAUUUUCUUAACGCAGGAGUUAACUUUAGUUUGGUGUUAUAAGGAGAAUGAACUGUGUUUCAUUAAACAGUGGAAAUACUGA